UACCCCAUCCUCAGAGAACUGCAUCAUUAGGAAGCUUUGGUUCAUUUGAUAGCAACUCUGUGUCUCUUCAGUCAUUUAAUUCAGGUAGUUUAGCAGAUUUGAUUUCUGAGCCUGAGAUUUCUGGAAAUCACCCAGACAAAAUGCCUAGUUUUCCUGCGUCAACUGUUUCUGCAAGUUCAAGUAACGUAGACCUAUUCAAGUCACAACUGGCACCAGAACCAGUUCGUUCUGAAGCCUCAACUGUUGAUUUGUUCAAGGGAGCCGCCACAUCAACAGCUCCAUCUCUAGAUCUUUUUCAGUUAACUCCAACAAAUGUAGUUCCAUCUACGUUACAACAUCAGACUCCCCAAGCACCUCCAUCUACAUCUUUGGAUUUGUUUGCUGAUUUUCCACAGCAUCGAUCAGAUGCGACCUUGGAUAACAGGGAACCUGAGCUGUCAAAGCACAAAAAUGAAGGAUGGGCGACAUUUGAUUCUCCUAAUUCCACUCUAUCUGCACUAGGGACUAACAAUUCAACUUGCGACUUAAUUUCCAGCGACACGGAUUCUAAGAAAUUUGUUCCCUUUUCAUCUUUUGAUCCAAAUAUGGAUUGGGAUAUCUCUCAAAAAACUAGUUCCCAGAAUCUUCCUUCAUCGAUACCAGAUCUGUGGCAUGGAGGUCUUGAGAAUAGUCAAGUGGCCACCACCACAUCGGGCACUCAGCCAUGGAAUGCAUUUGGAGAAUCUGCUGAACACCUUCCUUCUGAAAGUGUUAAGCAAAAUAGUGAGACACAAGUAGCCACCCACCCUCUUCCAUCAAGUGUUGAUCAUCAGUACUUGGGCUUUGAAGCUUCUCAGGACUUGAAAGAUUAUGGGCUACCGCUGUCCACAUCUAUUGCUGGAUGUCCAGGUCAAAGUGUGCAGUCAAAUUUAGUUAUGGGGACGUCAUGCAACCAAUCGGUGCUCUCUCUUGUAAUCUUCAUCGAAUAUCAAUUUCCUGUUGCAGGC